AUGUCACCAAAAAGAAAGAAACCAAAAUAUACAAUAAUAGAAUCGUCAUUUGAAGAAAUAGAAGAUGAUACUGAUGAAGAAGUAUAUCUUAGUCCAAGAAAACAACAAUCACCUAUUAAGCAACAACCAUCCCCCAUCAAAUCAACACAACCACCACCAUCAACAUCAGCAAUCCAAUGGGUAGACAAAUACGCGCCCCUAAAUACAAGAGAUAUAUGCAUCAAUCCAACUAAACUCUCCCAAGUCAAAUCUUCCCUAUCGGCAAUGAUAAAGGGUACACUGAAGUCACGAAUUCUAAUCCUAACUGGUCCUUCAGGUAGUUCUAAAUCAACAACCAUAAAGCUUCUAGCAAAGGAAUUAAUACCGACAAGUUCAAUAUUUCAGGAUCCGGUAAUUGAAUAUUUUGAGAAUUAUAAUGUGGAUGAGUUCUUAAAUGAUUGUAGAUAUAAGAUUGGGUCUAAUUUAAGUGUAGUCCUCUUUGAAGAAUUACCAAAUGUGUACCAUCAUGAUACUUUGAUGAAAUUUCGUCAUGCAUUGAUGAAUUGGAUAUAUUAUGAAGGAGAAUUGCCGCCAUUAGUGAUUUGUUUGAGUGAGAUUGAAUAUAAUGAAGGAGGGGAUCAAGUGAUGUGGUUUAAUAUCGAGAAUAAUUUGACGGUGGAUACUUUAUUGGGAAAGGAAUUGAGUCAAUUACCACAAGUGGAGAUUAUUAAGUUUAAUUCAAUUGCUACUAUGUUUUUAAAAAAGACGGUGAAUAGAAUAAUCAAAUUGGAGGAUGAGGUUUUCAGGCAAAUACCAAAGACUAAACUUAAUGCAUUUUUGGAUGAAAUGUAUAAGGUUGGAGAUAUACGAUCUAUGAUAUUUAAUCUCCAAAUGUGGACAAUAUUCACAUUAGCUGAACAAGAAAUAGACGGGGGCGAAACAAUUAAUCUUCUGCCUAAUUUUAUACGAGAAAAUCAGAUAAAUCUAUUUUAUGCAAUUGGGAAAAUCAUCUAUUCUUCAUCAAAUUUUGCCAGUUUGUCUCAAGAUAAUGCUGAUUUCUAUUCUGUAGAACAAGUCCUAUCUCAAUUCCCCACCAAUCUUCCACUACUCAAUCUAUCCUUAUUAGAAAACUAUCAUAUAUUUCGUGAUUCAAACUAUCCAAUCGAAAUCGCCAGUAAUAUAGUCAAUGACUUGAGUUUAUCAGAUAUGUCCACGCCACAACUACAAGAAAUUGGAAUCAGAUCAACUAGGAUCAAUCUCCGUAAGACCCCAACAACAACCAAUAAUGUUCAUUCUACAUAUAAAUCAAAAAUCAAAUUUCCAAGACAUUUCAAAAUGAUAAGAAUGGAACGUAAAACCAUGUCACAAAUAAAAUCAUAUCAGAAAUAUAUUGCUCCCAAAGUAUCAUUCUCCGAUUUGAAUCUUAUUGAUGGAUAUUAUUUACCGAUGAUAAAUAAUCGGAAAUAUCCUAAGAAAUUGAGAUAUGGACGAUUAGGGGGGAGAUUUUGUGAGAUAUAUGCCGAUGAAGAUUUGCCUAUCUUUGAGAAUCAUAAUGAGAAUGGGCGGGGCGGGGGGAUCAUGUAUGAAUAUGAUCAAUUUCAGGCUGAUGUUGCCGAGAAGAUUAAUCAAGAGAUGCGAGGUGACAAUGAUGGUGAUGAUAUUGGAGAUGAAGGAUAUUUGAGUGAUCCAAUUGAAGACUCCGAGGCAGAGAAGAAUGUUGAUACAGAUGAAGACGGAUUCCUGUCUGAUCCUGAAUUGGAUAUCCUAAUCUCCCAAGGACGAAUAUGA